CUAUGCGUUUCCAUCAUACAACCGUCAUUUGAAUUCUGCAAGCGUAAAGUUCAGUUCUUCACGUUCAACUUACGACAAUAAAAAUGCCUGCUUUUGACACUGGAGUUGAUGGAGGGCGAAUAAGGAGUUUUAAAAAUAAAGGGAAGGAUUUAGAUGAACUGCGAAGACGAAGGACCGAUGUUACUGUUCAAAUUCGGAAGGCCAAGAAAGACGAACAAGUGUUGAAGAAAAGAAAUGUAACUCAGAACGAGAUAGAAUCCCUCAGUCCUUUGAAAGAAUCAAACAGACAGAAUAAAGGCUCAACAUCUGUUUUGCCAUUGCAAAAAGUUGUAGAGAUAUUAUCAUCAAAACUUCCCUCUACAACUGAUAUUUUUUCUGCAGUGCAAUCUGUCAGGAAACUGUUAUCUAGAGAGAAGAACCCACCCAUUGACACUGUGAUAAAUGCUGGACUGGUGCCGAAGCUCAUACAAAUUUUGCAGACUACUACUGACAAUGCAGUGCAAUUCGAAGCAGCUUGGGCUGUUACGAACAUUGUCUCUGGUACAAGUGAGCAAACUGCGAUUGUUGUCGAGCAAGGUGGAAUUGAAAUAUUUAUGAAGUUAUUGAGCUCUACUGAAAUAAACGUUUGUGAGCAGGCAGUGUGGGCACUUGGUAACAUUGCAGGAGACGGAGCUAAAUACAGAGACAGAGUCAUAAUGGCCGGCAUACUCCAGCCUCUCCUUGCCUUGAUCCAACCAAAUGCGAUGAAUUUCUCAUUUAUCAGAAAUCUAACUUGGACGCUCUCAAAUCUGUGCCGCAAUAAAAAUCCCUCUCCACCGAUGGAACAUCUUAUGCCGGCCAUUCCUAUGCUUGGUCACCUAAUCCACCAUCCUGAUGAAGAGGUAGUUGGAGAUGCAUGUUGGGCAAUUUCUUACUUGACCGACGGGCCAAACGAAAGGAUACAGGUCAUCCUUGAAAACAUCCCGUCAUCAGUGCAAAGACUUGUUGAACUGCUUGGUGCAAAUGAUGUCAAAAUUGUCACUCCAGCUCUACGUGCAGUCGGUAACAUUGUUACUGGCACGGAUGAACACACCCAGCUUGUUAUAAACAAUGGCGCUUUGUCUCUCUUUCACAAUAUGCUUGCUCGUGGUAAAGGAUCCCUUGUUAAGGAGGCAGCAUGGGCAAUAUCAAACAUAACUGCCGGAAACCAAUCUCAAAUCCAGGCUGUAAUGGAUGCAGGAUUACUUCCCCAUGUUGUCAACAUUCUCGGAAAUGGUGAAUUCAAGGUCCAGAAGGAAGCAAUUUGGAUCGUUGCGAAUUUCACGUCCGGUGGAAGUGUGGAGCAGGUUCAGAAGCUAUGGGAAGCAGGAAUAAUUGAGCCAUUGUGUGGUCUUUUGGCAAAACCAGACACCAAGCUGCUGCUAGUUGUACUUGAUGCUCUGAAUAACAUUUUGCUGAACGCUCAACGCUUAAACAAAUUGGCCGACGUUGCCAAUAUGGUAGAGGAACAUCAUGGUCUAGACGCACUGGAGGCGUUACAGCAACAUGAAAGCGAACAGGUCUACAAUGCAUCAGUAGAAAUCAUUACGUCAUUUUUCUCAGAAGAAGAAGAAGUGGACACGGGAGUUGAGCCUGCUGCGCAAUCGGACGUUUUCGUAUUUGGUGCCACGCAGAUACCUCAAAACCAGCAUAUUCACUUCUAAUUUUCAAUUAUAGCGAUUCCCUUUGCGCUGUACAUAUUGGUCAAAAUGUGAACGGGUGGGAACUGUAAAUAUCCCCUUGCGAGAUAAUAUAAUUGUCAGUUAGAUCAGAAUGUACAAAAUAUUGGGCGAUAUUGAUUUGUGGUUAUUUGUUGUUAGAAUUAAUUGUUUUGCAUUAUAA